AUGAGUACAGAAAACUUCCGUUUCUACAUUAAAGUGCGUACUGCCCUUAAUAUUCAAGCAAGAAUUAUUCAUGAUGAACUGUAUUCUGUUUAUGGUGAUCAAGCUCCUUCUCUCACAACAGUGAAAAGAUGGUCCAAGCUGUUUCGUGAAGGUCGAGAAGAAAUUGAAGAUGAAUCACGACCUGGUAGACCCAUCACUGAAACAACAUCCGAAAAUAUUGAAGAGAUCCGCCUUCUUAUCAAUGAUGAUCCUUAUCUUACAAUAGAAGAGCUACAAGAGCAAACUGAUUUAAGCUAUGGUACGGUUCAUCGAAUCCUCACCGAUCAUUUAAACCUUAGAAAGGUCACCGCACGUUAUAUACCCAAAGAUCUUACCGAUUUUCAACGGGCUGAACGAGUUCGAAUAUGUAAAGAAAACUUAGCAAAAUUUCAACAAGGAACAUGGCGAUUAUGUGAUAUAAUAACUGGUGACGAAUCGUGGUUUUAUCAUAAACAAAUUGGUCGAAAGUCGUCAAAUGCAGCGUGGGUGAGAAGAGGAGAUCCUCCACCUACUGUAGUUCGACAAAGUAAGUAUGCUUCAAAGACCUUAUUAUCCAUCUUUUUUAAGUCAAAUGGUCCUGUUUUCAUUCAUCAUUUGGAACGGGGACAAACAAUCGAUCACCAGUAUUACAUCAACAAUUGUUUACGGCCUCUUGUCGAUGAAAUCAAACGUCAAAGACCCUCAUAUGGGACGCGUGGUAUUAAAAUUCACUACGAUAAUGCAAGACCACAUGUUCACGAAGAUGUGUCUAGUUAUCUUGAAUCGGAACGUCUCACAAUAAUACCACAUCCACCUAAUUCUCCAGAUUUAUCACCAUGUGACUUUUGGUUAUUCGACUUAAUCAAACGAAAUCUGACCGAUCAAAGUGAUUCACAAUCAUUAUAUGAUGCUGUGGUCAAUUUCAUGUAUUCUUUGAGUAAUGAAGAAUAUAAAAAAACAUUUGAAAAAUGGUUUGAAAGAAUGCAAUUGUGUAUAGAUAACCAAGGUGAUUAUUUCGAACAUUUGAUGAAAUAA